AUGGCUCCUCUGCUUCCCGUCUUACGGCGUGCUUUCGAUCCGAGCACUCCUUCAAGCGACUUUACGAGUCAGUUCACGAAUCCAACCGGCGUCUUCUCCGUGCUCCUUCUUCUCGGCGGCGACGUCGUUGCUCGUGCGCUCGCGCAGUUGGUCGGGUCGCGCAUCACCCCAGUCGCGUUCUCAUUCGGAUGGGUUGCAUACGCCGUAACCGCCGUUCUAUCCGCCAUCAGUGGGGAUGGGCUGAUGCCUGCUCCCGACUACUCGUGCAAAGUCGUAAACGCGCAAAACGGAUUUGUGCGCGACAAUGAUAGUUGGAUUAUCGGGCGCAUCGUCCGGGACUUUGAGACGUGGAUGGAUAGCCAGCCACAGGCCCAGAAUACCGACGUCAGUGGUGCCGUAGAGGUAAAUAGAGUUGCUGUCCGGAAUACGGUUGAGAAUAGUGUCAAAGAGAUGAUCGAGCUGGGCUGGGAGAGUAUGAAGCGGCGCGCUCGGGAAAGGGGGAAGCCGGAACCAGCACGGCCGCCUAAGGCUGGAUUGUGUGUCUCCAUUUACAAGGCAAGGAAGCCGUCCAAGAAUUACCCCGGGUACGAUUCUCCGUAUAUUGCCGGGCUUGUUACAUGUCUCUUGCAGCUCGGAGUGACGGCCAUACCGUGUGGUCUAUACGACAAUUUGAGUAUCCUGCUUGUGACCGGAGCAGGCAUGAUAUUGGCCUUCAUCUCGGAAGCCCUUCCUCAGUGGGCUAAAGAAAAAAGGGCCUGUCGUGAGGGCACCGAGAAGACAUUCGCAUCAACUAGAGCCAAUACGCCAUAG